AUGGAGGGUGAAUCACGUGACGUGACCUCCUUCAACAGGAAAUGCUCAGCCGUCACAGGAAGUGCACGAAAGAUCAGAGACAACAUGGCCGACUGGCACAACCUGAUGCUGAAGUGGGACAAGCUGAAUGAGGACGGAUUCAGUGUCGCGUCCAACGUCGUUAACCUGAGACUGUCUCAGAGCAGUCAGCUGUCGUCAUCAUCGGCUCCCCCAGGUGGCGCUGCAGAGCUGCAGGACCAAUGCUGCAAACUCCAGCACAUUUUUGACAAAAUGGUGACGAUGGUGGGUGUGGUGACAAGGAUGGAGAAUCUGAUGACAUCACAGCGAGGUCUUCGUGAUCUGGAGGAAUUUCAGUUUGGACCUGAAGGAAGACAAUGUCCACUGUUUCACACGUGGGACACUAAAGAGUUUGUGGGGGCGUGUCACUUCCUGUGGGAGUCGUUUGUUCAGGAAGUGAAGCUGAAGCAGAUCAUCCUACAGGAAGUGGCUCACACGAUCAGCGCUGACCUUUGUGCCGUCUACCUGUCCUGCUGGCUGCAUCAGCCCUUUAACCCCGCCCACAACCGACACAUGCUCGAGGCUCUGCUGCUGGAAACUGGACACCGCCCACUAUGA